UACACAAAAUAUCCGUAUUGAAUUCUACAUACGCACUUAUCGCGCGCUUCAACGCUAAUGGCGACUUGUUGCGAAAGACUAUGAUCAAUCGACUUUAAUGGGGUUUUACACGGAAAUAGGAAUAAAAUGGCGUCUUUAAGGUUGUCAGAAUGCAUAUGCCCCAUCUGCCUGUGUAUUUUGGUGGAGCCAGUUACCAUGCCUUGCAGUCAUGAGCUCUGUAUGCCAUGUUUUCGGCAGAAUGUAGAACAGUCAAACUUGUCUUGCCCGAUGUGCCGCCUGCGUAUCAGCAACUGGGCUCGUAAACAUUCGGGGCGAUUGAUCAACGAGGAGCGAUGGAGAAGUAUCCGGGAAGCGUUCCCCGUGCUAUGCCAGAAACGUAUGGAGCCGGGUACGGGCGAAGAAGGCGACGACGACGAUGUGUUAGAUCUUAUGACACAGCCUCCUCCCCCUGUCAUACAUGUUGCUGAACCCGGUGAGAUCGGAGAAGAAUUCAAGAAGGAAAGUGAAAAGAUGAAUGAGGAAUAUAGGCGUGAGCUGGAAGAUGCAGUGAAGCGUAGCGAAGAGUACAUCAGGGAGCUUCAAAAAGAGGAGGUGAAGAGGUUUGAAGAGAGGCAGGAGGAGAUGCUGAGUCAGGAGAAACAGGAUGCUGAACUGGCAAGACGUCUCGCCAAGGAGGAACCAGAUGCAGUAAUCCAUCGUGGGGAAAAGGUCCAUGUGAUGAGAGAACAAGUCUUGAAAGACGAAGAACUUGCCAGAAGAAUUCAGAUGUCUGAACAAUCUUUGUCUAAUACCCCUGUCCCCAAAUCUCCUGAUAUCGUUGUCCUGCCCUCAUCUGGAGGCUCUUCACGAAAGAACAGCGCUUCCUCAUCGACCAUCAAAUGUCUUAGCAUCGAGAAGUUCAUGUCGCCAGUCGGACGUAAGAGUAAAUCCCCUGAGACGCAGGUCUCAUGGGAGGGAGCAGCCAUCCAGGAUCAGCCCUCAACUUCAGCAUGUUCCCCAGGUCCCAGUAGAGACAGAAGCUCACCCUCUCCUGGCCACGGAAAGUCCAUCAAGCGCCAUGGUGCCUUCUCCCCUGUCGUCUUGAGGCCGCAGCGGUUGCGGGAGCUCGAUGACAUCCAUCUUAGGGCUCACAGUACGGACAGUAAUGAUAGCAUCUCGGAAGAGAUGAACCAUUUCAAACCUAUCCAUGUGUCACCCAGAACAGCUCGCAAGAAACUUCCAGAUGGCAGAGCAGAGUCGCCACCCAUAGUCUUCACGACCCCAAGGAAUCUCCAGAAGAUGGAGGACGGAGGAGACGCUACCGAGGAUUCCUCCAUCAAGAUGUCGUCCUUGCUAAAGGCCCGCUGGAAGGACCUGGAAACAGAACGGACCAACCAGGUGAGCGAAUCUUCCAAGGCCACUAUGACCAGCCUGGCCAGACUCAAGAAACAGCUCUCCAGGCAGCACACAAACAAGCAUGUGAGGCAAGGAGAUCAUGGAAGCAGCAGACAGGGGGAACCCCCGCAGAAGAAAGCAAAAGUGGAGAUGUCAGGAGCAGGGGAUGCCCCCUUGAGGAUGGCCAAAGAACUCUCACCAGAACACGCCCCAAGGGACAAAAGCCACACAUUGCUCCAGAUGAGGGUAGAGGACUCAAGGAAAACGGACACAACCUUGGUGUCGGACGUUGAUGAUAGCGGCGACGCUACUGAUUAUAAUCAUAACUGUAACAAUAGCAGGACAUUAGAUGCAAAGCUGAAGCCAUCAGCUAUCAAGAAAUGUGACAAUAACAGUGACAAGUCGUCCAGUGGGAAAAGUGGCAGCAAUGGUGAGGUAAAUGCGAGAGUAGGUAGAAUUUCAGGGAAAAGUCAGGAUGAAGUCGAUGGGUGCUUGAAACCUUAUAAGAAGAAAGUGCACACUCCCAUCAAGGAAUAUGCAAUGAGGGAACAUACCAAGCUGCAGACAAGAGUUACUAACAGCAUCAAAGACUUGUUCAAUGCAAGACGUUCAAAGUUAAAAGCAGCUAAUGGUGAUGGUGUCAAAAAUUGUUCUGAACCACUUCUUCCAUCUUUGCCUAAAGCAGCAGAAUGCUUGGACUCAAGUUUAGAGAAUAGUUUAGCAAAUGGGAAAUCAGAAGAAGAUCCAGACAGUAGUAAAUUGGAGAAUGCUUCAAUGCAGCAGACAAAAUUAGCUGGUAUUCAACAGAGCAAAACCAAGAGUGCCAAUGGCAGAGACCCUGCCGUGAGUAACCAAAGAUGUGAUUCAGGAGACAAGUUCAGGAGCAGUUCAACAAAGGUUGAAGUGGCGUAUGAGGAUUGGCUGAAGAGCAACGAGUGUGAAAAAGAAUCUAUGCAAGGAACAGAAAAGGGUACGGGUAAUGUUAAUGUCAGUGAUUCAUCCAUGUGUGAAACAUCCCAAACUUGUAGGGACUCCAAUACGAUCUCAAAACUUAUCCCUGGUGCUGUUGACCUAAACAGUAGCACUCAAUUGACUAUCUGUGACGAUAGCUUAACAUUCUCAGAUGAUGGCGAUAGUUCAGCCGUUAAGAUGGCGAGUCAGGAUUCGGAUGUGAGCAUGGCAAGCGUUGACGUGCUGGACAAUGAUUCAGGACAUCUGAAAAACAAAAGCAACGGCGAGAGGAGGGGGAAGAAUCGUGGGAAGGUCAAACCAGCCAAGGGGACUGGCUCAUCCCGGAAGUCUCCCAGGAAGUCUGGGGACACGAUCCUGCGCUACAUGGAGCUCCUUGACCAGGAGCAGAAGAGACUUACACAGGAGGAUGAGGAUCAUCUCCUGGCCGAGAGACUCCAGAGAGAGUUCAAUAAGGAGGUGAGGCAGAGGGAAAACGUUGAUAGAUCCAAAGGUACCGAGGAUGCCUAUGAGCUUAGGCGAAAACAGAGAACGCUCUUUAGCUACAUGGAGUGAUUUCAAAACCAUUUCAUAUUCCAUCUUGGUAGGUAUAUGGUGAGGGCUUGUGAUGGGGAAGUGGUCAUAUUACAAGAGGCAUGCCAGUUUGUAGCCUUUUACUUUUUUGUAGGCUCUCCGCAUUUUAUGCUAUUUCACAUCUCGCAUUGUACAGCAUUCAUGUAGCUUUAAUAUGUCAAGAUCACUAUACAGCUGUAAAAUGGGCUACCGGUAUACUGUAGUGAUUCGAACUUCCAAAGCCCUUGGAUUUUACACAACCAUAUGAUAAGGCUCUACGCUUAGAAAAUCACAAAUACAUGGGUUGGGUGGAAUAAUUUCACACAACCAAUUUUUCCUUUCUGUAUGCAUGAUAGGGAUAAUAACAGAGAAGGGGCCAGGAAAUGAGAGACAAAAGGGCAUUACUAAACACAUAGCCUUCCACGUAGAAGAAAAUGUCUCUGCCUACAGGUAUGCUAUGACUUUAUAAAGAGAUCAUUAAUAAACGAUAAGUUUUGUCUGUUGCCAGCCAUAUAUCUAAAGCUUUAAUCUCGUCAUGAUUGAAUUUUAUGCCUUGCAGGAUACUGGAGUUACAUA